GUGGCCUGUCUCCGGCGGGAGGCGGGGUUCCCCGCACGCCGCGGGGUGCAGGCACACAGACUGAACCUGCUACCUGCAGAGUGCAUCCGGGCGGGACACUGUGGCCGCAGGUCUGGGACGAGGGUCCCCGAGGCUGCGGCUGUGAGGCCGGGAGGUGGCCAUUCCUUCCUGGAGUGCUGGGGCAGUGGGCGUCCACGUCGGGCCUGAGGCUAGCUCUUCCUGGGCUGCUCUCUGCUCUUCCCUGGGCUGUGUCUCUUCUCAGUAGGAAGGGCAGCCCAGGUGGCCGCUGCCAUGGCCUUUCCCCAUCGGCCGGACGCCCCUGAGCUACCUGACUUCUCCAUGCUCAAGAGGCUGGCCCGAGACCAACUCAUCUACCUCCUGGAGCAGCUUCCUGGAAAAAAAGAUUUGUUCAUCGAGGCAGAUCUCAUGAGCCCUUUGGAUCGAAUUGCCAACGUGUCCAUCCUGAAGCAACACGAAGUGGACAAGCUGUACAAGGUGGAGAACAAGCCAGCCCUCAGCUCCAGUGAACAGUUGUGCUUCUUGGUGAGACCCCGCAUCAGGAACAUGCGAUACAUUGCCAAUCUCGUCAAUGCUGACAAAGUGGCUGGCCGAACUCGGAAAUACAAGGUGAUCUUCAGCCCUCAGAAGUUUUACGCGUGUGAGAUGGUGCUGGAGGAAGAGGGGAUCUAUGGAGAUGUGAGCUGUGAUGAAUGGGCCUUCUCUUUGCUGCCUCUUGAUGUGGAUCUGCUGAGCAUGGAGCUGCCAGAAUUCUUCAGGGACUACUUCCUGGAAGGAGACCAGCGCUGGAUCAACACCGUGGCUCAGGCUUUGCAUCUUCUCAGCACCCUCUAUGGGCCCUUUCCCAACUGCUAUGGCAUUGGCAGGUGUGCCAAGAUGUCCUAUGAAUUGUGGAGGCAACUGGAAGAGGAAGAGGAUGGUGAAACCAAGGGCCGAAGGCCAGAAAUCGGGCAUAUAUUUCUGCUGGACAGAGACGUGGACUUCGUCACGGCGCUUUGCUCCCAGGUGGUUUACGAGGGCCUGGUGGAUGACACCUUCCGCAUCAAGUGUGGGAGUGUCGACUUUGGCCCCGAAGUGACAUCCUCGGACAAGAGCCUGAAGGUGUUGCUCAAUGCUGAGGACAAGGUGUUCAGCGAGAUCCGUAACGAGCACUUCUCCAAUGUCUUUGGCUUCCUGAGCCAGAAGGCCCGGAACCUGCAGGCCCAGUAUGAUCGCCGGCGUGGGAUGGACAUUAAGCAGAUGAAGAAUUUCGUGUCCCGCGAGCUCAAGGGGCUGAAGCAGGAGCACCGCCUGCUGAGUCUCCAUAUUGGGGCCUGUGAAUCGAUCAUGAAGAAGAAGACCAAGCAGGACUUCCAGGAACUGAUCAAGACGGAGCAUGCGCUGCUGGAGGGGUUCAACAUCCGGGAGGGCACCAGCUACAUCGAAGAACACAUAGACCGGCAGGUGUCACCUAUAGAGAGCCUGCGCCUCAUGUGCCUCUUGUCCAUCACCGAGAACGGUUUGAUCCCCAAGGAUUACCGGUCUCUGAAAACACAGUAUCUGCAGAGCUACGGCCCUGAGCACCUGCUGACCUUCUCCAACCUGCGGCGAGCUGGGCUCCUAACGGAGCAGGCCCCAGGGGACACGCUCACAGCUGUGGAGAGUAAAGUGAGCAAGCUGGUGACCGACAAGGCUGCCGGAAAGAUUACCGAUGCCUUCAGUUCUCUGGCGAAGAGGAGCAAUUUCCGAGCCAUCAGCAAAAAACUGAAUUUGAUCCCACGUGUGGAUGGCGAGUACGACCUGAAGGUGCCCCGGGACAUGGCGUACGUCUUCAGUGGAGCUUAUGUGCCCCUGAGCUGCCGGAUCGUGGAGCUGGUGCUGGAGCGGCGAAGCUGGCAGGGCCUCGAUGAGGUGGUGCGGCUGCUGAACUGCAGCGAGUGUGCCUUCACAGACAUGGCCAAGGAGGACAAGGCUUCCAGCGAGUCCCUGCGCCUCAUCUUGGUGGUGUUCUUAGGAGGCUGCACGUUCUCUGAGAUCUCGGCCCUCCGCUUCCUGGGCAGAGAGAAAGAUUUAUUUAUUUGAAAGAGUAACAGAGAGAGAGAGAAUUUUCCAUCCUGUGGUUCACUUCCCAAAUGGCCACAACAUCCAAGGCUGGGCCGGGCUGAAGCCAGGAGACUGGAACUUCAUCUGGGUCUCCCACGUGGAUGGCAGGGCCCCAAGGACUUGGGCCAUCUUCUACUGCUUUCCCAGGCCACAGCAGAGAGCUGGAUUGGAAGAGGAGCAGCCGGGACUCGAACCAGCGCCCGUAUGGGAUGCUGGUGCUUCAGGCCAGGGCGUUAACCCGCUGAGUCACAGCGCCAGCCCCCAGAGUGCACAUUUGAGUCCAGGCUCUGCUUCUGAUCCAGGUUCCUGCUAGCGCACCUGGGAAGGCAGUGAUCAGUCCCAGCUACCGUGGGUGUCUGAGUGAACCAGCGGCUCUAAGAUCUCUGUCUCUCCCUCUCCCUGUAACUCUGCCUUCCAAAUAAAUAAAUCUCAAAACUAAAUUGCAUAAAAUAAUUACGAUGUAAGUAUCAAUAGCAAAGUAGUUGGAUUAUGAAACAGCCACAUGCCAAGAUGCUUUGCAGCCAUAAAUCACUAGGGAGAAUAUGUGUAGGCCCUUAGGGAUGUAGUCUGUGUUCUUCAGAAAUGGAGGCUA